AUGAGUUCACCAGCUGUCCCGGCAAAUCUCACUCAUCAUCAACAGCCCGAAACUCUUUUACACCAGCUUAUUUCCUCUAUCAACAAAAUUUCCCAGGAUGAGAGCUUUCAGCAGCUACAGAUCAUCCUCAAAGACCAUGAGAUUGUUCAAGAGAAGCUCCGCGCCACAGACAGUGCGUACAGAAAAAAUUUGGAGGAGCUGGCUACACUGACUGCGGAACAAAAAGCCGAAAAGGAACGAUUGACGAAGAAGAUUUUGGAGCAGAACGCGGAGACCAACAAGGCCUUGGGGGACAAAAUGACAGUCUGUAGACAAUUUGAGGCACAGAAAACCAUAAACGCGGAUUUGGAAUCAACGAUCAAAUCACUCGAGCAGGAGCUAAGCCGAGCGGUUGCACACAGCAAGAAGCAUGAGGAAUCCGUUGACAAACACAAGACCAUCCUUGAGAAGCAAAAGGAGCAGAUAGCAGCCGCAAAAAAAGAAGUCGCUACAGCAACGAACAAGUUGAAGAUGGCUAGCGACCAACUAAGCGUAAAGUCCGACGUCCUGAAAGAAACGAAAAGAAAACUUGGGUUGUUUCAAUCCUACACGGUGAAACUAACGCCACUUGAACUUGAACGAGGUUAUAUCCCUGAGAUGCUUGCCUCUCUGUUUAAAGAUGCAUCGACACUGUUCGAGGAGUUUCUGGGCAUUGACCUUGACAUGGACUGCCUACAGGAGUUGAGAUCCUGGGAACGCGUUAGGGAUCAUGCAGCCACACAACAUUCGUUCCCACUCCCGGCCUCAAAUUCGGCCCCUGCAAAGAAAAUGAGGGUCAAUAUGGGCUUGUCUAUCUAUUCCAGGGCACUGGCUAAACAUGUCUUUCGGUCAAACUACCUCUUCCCUGAUGCUGAGGAAGUAUUGGAAGCUUUGCAUGCGAAAGACACCCUCCAAGGCACGCUUGUUCGGGCUGUGCUACUUCAAGUGUUGCCCGGUAUGCAAAAGAAGCGUCAAGGUACUUUUGCCAAAAUUGUCGUCGAUGAAGUGUGCGAGGUUGUGGCUGGCUUGAUGUCGGGCGACCUCCAAAAGAAGUUCAGAGGGCGCCUUGAGCAACUUACAAUCACGCUGUGCGGCAAUUGGGAGGCUGUACAAAGGGUUCAUGAAAGAAUUCGGCCUUCCUUUGCCUUAUCGGAAGAUGAUUGGAAGGUAUUACCGGUUUGGUCAGAUUCAGCUCCAAUACCCAAUGGUGCCUCACAGCGAUCCAGAGAGGAUAAGGAUGGUCAGUCAGGACAAAGGGACCCAAAUCUGUCGACCAUUUCAACGGACGAUAUAGCCAGGGUUGUGUGGCCAGCUUUCCUUGCUACCGACGAAGAAGGCACGUCGGAACUAAUCUCUUUCGGGUAUGUGAUAUCACGUGACGACGUCCAGAGGGCCGCGAAUGAGGACAUGCCGAAAAGGGCCAUGCGGAAAGCAAAACGCGACGGCGACACCGGAGGGGAGAGAAGGCGACGAGAUUCAGCUGUUUUUGUUUCACAUGGACCUUCCGAUUUGCCAAAAAUCAUAUAG